GCAGGGUGAUUCACCUUUGAUACCUAGGCAGUUUUACUCAAUUUGCUAUACAUAGACGUACGACGUAGAGUGGUUGGUUAGUGUGUGAAAUUAAAUACCAGCGAGCGGCCAGACAAGGGUAUGCUUCCCCUCACUGCAGGCAGCAGCAACCGGGGGACGUCGCGUCAAGGCGCGUCUCUCAAAGCCGAGUUAACAAAAGUUUCCAUUGACCUCUCAACUGAUCACCACAAGCAUAAGCAUGGCCGUCUUCGAUUGCCAGCACAAAGGCUGCCGAUUAAAAAAGCCGUCAAUCUUGGCCCCUGAAUGUCAGGAUUAUACAGGCUCAUCGUCCAAUUUCACUUUUAAUCGUCGAUUGUAAUGUCUCGAAUUAAACGGGAGGACACCUCCCAAGAGGCGGUUGAUGAAGAUUCCCUGCAAUACAGCUUUGGUGAUGCUGGCUUGGGAGAAGUCGAUGAGAAAUACCCUAAUCGUCCCCGUAAUCACUCCCAGACACUGGUCUUCUCCGAACUGUUCACGAAUCUCUUCAACCCUUUGAAUGAGCACAAAAACCGGAGAGGUCCCGGUGGCCCUGCAGGCCGCAAGGGCGGCCCGAGGCUGUCUCCUCACGAACAAAGACGCCUCAUCAUCAGACGCUUCAUCGACCGCUGGCGGUCCGAAGUUGGCAAUGAUUUCUACCCGGCUCUGCGACUGAUACUGCCCGACAAGGACCGCGAUCGCGGUGUCUACGGCCUCAAGGAAAGCGCAAUCGGAAAGCUUCUAGUGAAGUUGAUCAAGAUUGCACCAGACUCGGAGGAUGGUCAAAACCUUCUCAAAUGGAAGCUCCCGGGCCAGACCUUUGCCAGCCGCAUGGCGGGUGAUUUUGCCGGCAGAUGCUUUGAGACGCUAUCCAAAAGACAGAUGCGCAUGACCCCAGGGGAUAUGCGUAUUGGAGAAGUCAACUCGCUGCUCGACAAACUGGCAGCCGCUUCAGGAGAGGCCGAGCAGCUACCCAUUUUUCAAACCUUCUAUGAGCGCAUGAAUGCAGAGGAGAUGAUGUGGCUCAUUCGCAUGAUCCUCAAGGCCAUGAAGAUUGGUGCAAGCGAACGCACAUUUCUAUAUCAGUGGCACCCGGACGCCGAAGCUCUGUUCAAUGUCAGCUCCAGCUUGCGCCGUGUGUGCUGGGAGCUGUAUGAUCCCGCACUCCGUCUGGAGCAGGAAGAUACCAGAGUGACUUUGAUGCAAUGCUUUCAGCCCCAGCUGGCCCAGUUUCAGCCUCACUCACCCAACUUUGCUACAAUGGUCCAAGACCUCGGAGUCACCGACGAAGACCGGAGAUUCUGGAUCGAGGAAAAGUUGGAUGGCGAGCGGAUGCAAUUGCAUAUGAUAGAUGACGACGAUCAUCCAGGAGGCAAGCGCUUCUCUUUCUGGUCUCGAAAGGGCAAGGACUACACCUACCUCUACGGCAAUGGAUUUCAAGACGACAACUCCGCACUGACCAGGCAUUUAUCCGAUGCUUUCGACCCGCGAGUUUCCAAUCUGAUUUUGGACGGCGAGAUGGUCACUUGGGAUCCAAAGAUCGACAAGAUGGUACCUUUUGGUACACUCAAGACGGCCGCCUUGCUCGGUCAAAAGACACCAUUUGACGACACAAACGAGCGGCCCCUCUUCCGCAUUUUCGACAUAUUGUAUCUGAAUGACACAGCGCUGACCAAAAACUCGUUGCAAGAUCGCCGCAAGGCGCUAGCCCAGGUUGUCCGUGAUGUCCAUCGUAGGCUCGAAAUUCAUCCCUACGAGGAAGCAACUUCGGCCGAUGCCGUCGAGCCGCUGUUGCGCAAGGUUGUAGCUGAUUCCUCGGAGGGUCUUGUGCUGAAGAAUCCAAGAUCAGUAUAUCGUCUGAACAGUCGAAAUAAUGAUUGGAUCAAAGUGAAACCAGAGUACAUGUCUGAGUUUGGCGAGUCACUGGACUGUGUGGUCAUUGGCGGCUAUUACGGCUCAGGACAUCGGGGCGGUACCAUCUCCAGUUUUCUUUGUGGCCUCAGAGUUGGCGAGAACCACAUCAAGGCCGGUGCCAAUCCAGAGAAAUGCAUCAGUUUUUUCAAGGUUGGCGGUGGCUUCAAAGCCGAGGACUAUGCGCAGAUCCGCCAUUUGACAGAGGGCAAAUGGAUGGACUGGGACCCAAAGAAGCCCCCAAGCGAGUUUAUUGAGCUCGGUGGCGGCGAGAAGUACCAGUACGAACGACCUGACGUCUGGAUCCGACCAAAGGACUCCAUCGUUGUCUCGGUCAAGGCGGCCAGCAUCGGCGCUUCCCCUCAGUUUGCCAUGCAGAUUACCCUCCGUUUCCCGAGGUUCCGACGGCUGCGGACCGAUAGGACAUGGGACUCUGCUUUGGAUGUAGACGAUUUCAUGAAGCUCAAAGAAGAUGCUGAGCAACAAGUCAAGGAGAAAAAGGAAAUGAAGAUUGAAGAUCGUAAGCGCAGGCCGCAAAAGAGGGCCAGGCGCGAGAUCUUGAUCGCUGGACAAGAUCCAGACACAGCCAUGGCUGAUCAAAAGCCUGCAGCUGGGCAGGCACAGACAGGUCGGACAAGGAGCGUGUUUGAAGGCCGUAAAUUCUGUGUCAUGACUGACUGCGUCAAACCAAUUAGAAAGACCAAGGCUCAGCUCGAGUCUUUGAUAAAAGCUCAUGGCGGAACCCUCUCUCAGCAGACGGAUCCCCAGCCUUGGAAGUACUUGAUCGCGGAUAAAUAUGGCAUCAAGGUGGCGAGUCUUCUCAAGCGUGACAGCGAGGUGGACAUUAUCAGGCCAAAUUGGGUCUUGGACUGUCUUGACCAAGACGGCGUUGAGUUUCUCCUGCCCUUCGAGGAAAAACAUCUCCUCAAUGCUUCGGAAGCUACCAAACAGACUGCUGAGUUUCAGGUGGAUGAGUACGGCGACAGCUACAUGCGCGCUGUGGAUGUUGAUGAGUUGAAGCAGAUAGCAGAAGGCAUUCCCAAGUUUGAGGACGCAGACAGCUUUGAUGUCGACGAGUUUCUGGAUAGCUUGGAAUCAGCCGGAUGUGAGAUGACGGGACUUGGCUUCGUAUUCAGGCGCUGCAUCGUACUCGUUGCUGGUGUGGCCGGGACGCCAAAGCACUACCUUGACAUACUACGAAGCUAUAUCCGUUUCGGCGGCGGGACCGUGGUGGACAAUUUGCAGUCGCAAGGCCUCACGCACGUCGUGGUGGCGGGUGACUCUAACGAGGGGGCGGCCGCUAGGGAGUUGGCAGCUGAGUUGAGGCACCGCAUAAGCCUGUUACGACGGCCGCCGAGGCUGGUCACGCGGCAGUGGGUUGACGAGAGCUGGAAGGAGAAGACUCUACUAGACGAGGAGGCAUAUGUGCCGUUAUGAUUGAUGAAUGAUGAUUAUGAUUGAUGAGUGGACAGUUUUCAAGGCCUCUUUCUUGGACUUGUAGUCUGAUGCUACACAGUACAGUGAAUGAAUAGCAGACAAACAGACCUCGGCCUGGGCUAGCACGUAGCUUCUCUGUCGACUCAGAAAUCCACUUCAUCCCUUUCACUUGCCAAUGGUAAGGAACAGACGAUCACCAACAUCGCCCAAACCAGGCCUCAACAUGCCGCGGUCGGUGAGCUCCCGGUCGACGCCGGCGACCCAGAUCUCGACGCCCUCGGGCCACUCGUCGGCGGCACGCUUGAUGCCCUCGGCGGCGGCGAUGACGCUGAGCACGACGAUGCGGCGGGCGCCCCACUCGCGCAGGGUCUGGAUGGCGGCGGCGCAGGUGCCACCCGUGGCGAUGACGGGGUCCAGGAUGAAGGCCAGGCUCGGGACCUGGUUGGCAUCGCCGGCGGCGCCCUGCGGCAGGUGGUUGGGCAGGUUGUUGUAGUACUCGACGGGCUCGAGGGUCGUCGGCUCCCGGUACAGGCCUAGGUGGUGGACUGGGACGGGAUCCGGGAGGAGGGUUUGGACGGCUGGUGGUUUUGGGAGGUGGUGGGUGUCAAUGUAAUUGGGCGGUGUUUAUAGGUGGAAGUGUGGGAGGUAUGGGAAGAAAUGGGGAGUUGCGAAACUAACAUGGCCGCUGACGACCGUGGCGGUUUUUUUUGGGAUGAUUACAUGAGAAAGACGAAUAAAAAGAAGAAGAAAAUUGUACACACCUUCAGUCAUUGCCAGGCCUGAUCUCAAAAUAGGGACCAGGCAGAUGGUCUCGGGUGUGAUAACGCUGGUGGUGUACUCGGCACCGAUAGGCGAGACAUCCUUGAGGUAGUAUUAGC